ACGACGCGCCGCUUCCGGUCGGCCCUUGAGUGCGCUGGUGUGGGGUGGCUGGUCCUCGCCUUUGCCUUUGUCCUUGUUACGAGGGGGGCUUUUCGUAGCACCUCGGUUCGGGGAGGCCGCGAGGCAGAGGCUCCGCCAUGGAGGACCCGGAGAGGGAGGCCGACGUCUCGGAGCUGCAGCGUCUGGUGGCCGUCGAGGAGCAGCGUGCCCGCCUCGCCGCUCAGGAGCUUCCUGCACUCAAUCGGAAACCGUGGAAGCUGCGUCAGACGUUCGGCUUCAGAAAAAUGUUUCCAAACUGGAACACUCACUUCCCUCACUUCCGGAUUUGCAGUGUUCGGGAGCUGAUUUGUUUGGGAGCCAAGCCACGGAUCACUGUUCACAACUUCAUGGAGGUCUGCUGGGAAAAAUGUGUUGACAAGCCAGGUUCCAAGCUGGACUCCAGAACAGAAACUUGCCUCGCCAACUGCGUCAACCGCUUCAUAGACACAACACUGUCCAUCACCAAUCGCUUUGCACAGAUAAUACAGAAAGGAGGCCAUUGAGGUCCCCUUCGGUCAAUGGACUUAACAAGAUCCAGAUCUUUCACUGGGCCCCUACUCUGUCAGUUGUUCUACCUCAGUGCAGCAAUGCUUGAAGAGCCAUUUGUACAUGAUUGUUCAUGCCUAAGUGGCAUUAGACUGGGUCAUGUAGAACAAAAUAUUGGCUCCUUUCAAGCUAAUAAAUCAAGACUUGUCUAAACAAAUUGACUCUGUAGCAAAAACCUAACUGCUUUGCUUUCUUCCCAAUGCAGGAUAAUAGGGACGUGUACCCUCACACUAAAUAGCAUGCUCUUAAAAUUCUCUCUCAAAUGUAGAAGUGUUUUCAGGAAAUCUUAGGGGGAAAUUGCGGGGGGGGGGGAGCAUUUGCAAACUCAUUGCCUAAGGCUCUCUUGUGUACUCUUUCCUCCUCCAUUUGAUAAGAGAACAGAAAGUUGCUUUACAACUCAAAACUAAUUUGUACAGUAGUUACUGCUGCUGAUAAUGACUGCAGUCAAAAUCCAUUCAGCCAUCCCAUUCUCUAUUUUGGAGUUCAUACUGCUUCAGUUCCAUUCUACGAGCAUGCCAAUUUGUAUCAAAAAAAAAUUCUAAUGAACACCUGUGAUCCUGGUCAGCAUAUUUUAUCCCUGCAAAACACAUGUUCUGCCAUUUGAAGAAAGAGCUGCUUACAAAGCUUUCUAGAUCUGUGCCAGUGUGCUGAUUGCAAGUUCUACAAAUGUAACGUAGGGUUUUCUGGCUUGCACUUAAAGGCCUGUAACAGGUAUAGAUCCUUCACUCUGCCAUCCUCCCUCCAGAAGUUGGAAUUCCAUUUAUAGUGAGUGUGCUCCUGCUGUUCUUCAGAUUUAUUUUUGAAGCCCACCCCUUUCACAAUGCCUUUUUGAUCUAAGAGUGUCUCAUAUCCCCCCCACCUCCAAAAUCAUCAGUGCAUGUUUACAAUGGUGUAUAAAAUCUUAAAUGCUAUUAUAAAGACUGUUCAUUUUGACUGCCGAUGGGUGAAAGCAACUUCGUUUGUUACUGCAGACCCUCUGAAUUUAUUUGUGCCGAUACCUUGCACAUAUUAAAAAAUAGUUGUUUUUU